AUGCUUUAUCACCUGCUCUAUCCGCUGCGCGACGACUUCGGGCUGUUCAACGUUUUUCGUUACAUCACGUUCCGCAGCGCGGCGGCGGUGGUAACGGCGUUGGUCUUCUCGCUGGUGUUCGGGCCGUGGUUCAUUCGCACCUUGCGGCGCUUGUCGGUAGGCCAAAACAUUCGCGAUGUCGGCCCCGAAUCGCAUCAGGUCAAAGCCGGUACGCCGACCAUGGGCGGUUUGCUGAUCCUGUCGGCGGUACUGCUUGGCACCCUGCUGUGGGCCGAUCUGACCAAUCCGUUGGUGUGGAUGGUCAUUGCCGUGACGGUGGCGUUUGGCGCCAUCGGGUUCUAUGACGACUUCAUCAAGGUGCGCAAGAAGCGCAAUCUGGGGCUCACCGCGCGGGGCAAGUUCCUCGCUCAGGUGGCGGUGGGCCUGGCGGUUGGCACGGUGCUGUUGUCCUUGGCCGAGCCCUGGACUUUCGAGCCCGAGCUGACCUUCCCCUUCUUCAAGACCCUGGUGCUGCCCUUGGGCCUGCUCUACGUGCCGUUCAUCGGUCUCUUGCUGGCCGGCUCCUCGAACGCCGUUAAUCUGACCGAUGGGCUCGACGGCUUGGCCAUCGGCACCACCCUGGUGGCCGCUGCGACCUACGCCAUUUUCACUUACGCCGCCGGCAACAAGGUGAUCGCCGACUAUCUGCAGAUCCCCUUCGAACCGGGGCUCGGCGAGGUGACCAUUUUCUGUGGCGCGCUGGUCGGCGCCAGUCUGGGUUUUCUGUGGUUCAACAGCCAUCCGGCCGAGGUCUUCAUGGGUGACGUCGGCUCGCUGGCCCUGGGCGGCGGUAUUGGCAUGGUGGCGGUGUUGGCCAAACAAGAGCUGCUAUUGGCGGUGGUGGGCGGCAUCUUCGUGCUCGAAGCGCUGUCGGUCAUCGUGCAGGUGGGCUCGUUCAAGCUUACGGGCAAGCGGGUGUUCCGGAUGGCGCCGCUGCAUCAUCACUUCGAGCUCAAGGGCUGGUCGGAGCCCAAGAUCAUCGUGCGGUUCUGGAUCCUGGCGAUCCUCUUUGCCCUGCUCAGUCUGUCGACCUUGAAGUUGCGGUGA